GAGGAGAACUGACGUCAGCGCGAGAGUAUUAUGGUCUGUUGUGCGCUGGCUGCUGCUUUCUGCUCCUGGAAGCGGCCUAGGGGGGAAACGGCGAGUCAACAUGGAGCUUUCGGCGGUGGGGGAGCGGGUGUUCGCGGCCGAGGCCCUCCUGAAGCGGCGCAUACGGAAAGGACGCAUGGAAUACCUCGUGAAAUGGAAGGGCUGGUCGCAGAAGUACAGCACGUGGGAGCCGGAGGAGAACAUCCUGGACGCCCGCCUGCUCGCAGCCUUUGAGGAAAGGGAACGAGAGAUGGAGCUCUACGGCCCCAAAAAGCGAGGACCCAAGCCCAAGACCUUCCUCCUCAAGGCCCAGGCCAAGGCAAAGGCCAAAACUUACGAGUUCCGAAGUGACUCCACCCGGGGCAUCCGGAUCCCCUACCCCGGCCGCUCGCCCCAGGACCUGGCCUCCACCUCCCGGGCCCGCGAGGGCCUUCGGAACAUGGGUCUGUCCCCGCCAGGGAGCAGCAGCAGCACGAGCAGCACCUGCCGAGCGGAGCCGCCUCGGGACAGGGAGCGGGAGCGCGAGAGAGAGCGGGAGCGCGAACGGGAACGUGACCGCGAGCGGGAGCGGGGCGCCGGCCGCGCCGACGACAAGCCCAGCUCGCCCGGCGACAGCUCCAAGAAGCGAGGCCCCAAGCCCCGGAAGGAGCUCCUGGACCCUUCGCAGAGGCCGCUGGGAGAACCCAGUGACGGCCUUGGAGAGUACCUCAAGAGCAGGAAGCUGGACGACGCCCCUUCCGGGGCAGGAAAGUUCCCAGCGGGCCACAGCGUGAUCCAGCUGGCCCGCAGGCAGGACUCGGACCUGGCCCAGUGCGGAGUGGCCAGCCCCAGCGCCGCGGAGGCGACAGGCAAGCUGGCCGUGGACACCUUCCCAGCCAGAGUCAUAAAGCACAGGGCUGCCUUCCUGGAGGCCAAAGGCCAGGGCGCCCUGGACCCUGGUGGCCCCCGAGUCAGGCAUGGCUCAGGCACCCCUGGCUCCGUGGGGAGCCUGUACCGGGACAUGGGGGCUCAAGGGGGAAGGCCCUCCCUCAUUGCCAGGAUCCCAGUGGCCAGAAUCCUGGGGGACCCCGAGGAAGAGUCCUGGAGCCCGUCUCUGACCAACCUAGAGAAGGUGGUGGUUACCGAUGUGACCUCAAACUUUUUGACCGUCACCAUUAAGGAAAGUAACACGGACCAAGGCUUUUUUAAAGAGAAGAGAUGAAAUGCGGGGUGGGUGAGCCCAGGAGCAGCGAGGACGAGGGCAAGGCAGCGCUCCAACUCGACAUAGUGCUUUUUAUUUCUGGGUGGGAUGCGGCCUUCUGGCUGGUCCUGCCCCUAACGUCACACACCCUGGCCCCUUCUUAUCCCUCCCCCACCCCCACCCCCAGUUUCGUUGGAAAGAUUAUCUCUAGAGUUAUAUUUUCUAUUAGAUGUAAAUAUGUUAUUUAAGAAAAAAAUCUAAAUAUAUAUAUUUCAACUC